AGCUACGGACGCGCGGCUCCUACCCGACUGCCAUGCGCGCGCGCGAGACCAGAGCCGCGAGCGAGGAGCCGCACCGCACGCUUUCUCUGCCGCCUCACAGCACGGACGCCGAAGCUGAUUAGCGCUGCACUCACACCCACGGGUCUCACGCCGGCCGCAGAAAAGCACGCGGAGCGAGGCUGUGCUCCGGGCUGCUCUCAGGUACUACCGCAAGGGAACUUCACUCGUAACUCAGGGGUUGCAGGAUCAAAUCCCGAAUUCCGGGGGCACGGCUCUGCUUAACCUGAAAGACUUUGGUUUGGUAUCCCGGCGUAUCAAGAGAACUUGAGCAGCUCAGGUGUCACGGCGACAGCGUCAGAGAGCCGGGCCGAGGCCAGCUAACAUGCACGCGGGCGGCCAGCGCUGGAUCCGGAAGGGGCCCAAGACAGACCGUCCGAGAAACGGGAGGAAGAUGCUCGACCCCUAAGGACAAAGCCCUUGGAAGCCAGACAGCAGCCGCAGACGAUCUCGCCAUGGACGCCUUUCUCUGUGGAGGCUUCCGGUCCCGUUCAGUAGAGCACGCGCCCUAGAGCAUCAUGGGACCGGGCGGGCCUUGAGCAGCGGGCGGACACGCUAACGGACGGGCCGUCGGGAUGCGGACGCAGCGCGGGAGGGGCGGCUGAAGGAUGUAGCGGGGGGGGGGGGGCCGCGCCAGCAGCUGGGUGUCCCGCGAAUUCACGCCGAGACCGCCAACAUGGAGACGGGCGCGCCGUUCCCCGUCGAGGUCUACGAGAACGGCACCGACCGGCACAACGCCACCGCCGCCUGCAACGCCACGGCCGACGCCGCCAGGAGCGCGGACGCCUACGCCGUCGGCCUCUUCCUCUCCUGCCUCUACACCAUCCUCCUCUUCCCCAUCGGCUUCAUCGGCAACAUCCUCAUCCUGGUGGUCAACUUCAACCACCGGGAGAAGAUGACCAUCCCGGACCUGUACUUCGUCAACCUGGCCGUGGCCGACCUCAUCCUGGUGGCCGACUCCCUGAUCGAGGUCUUCAACCUGAGCGAGAAGUACUACGACAUCGCCGUCCUCUGCACCUUCAUGUCCCUCUUCCUCCAGGUCAACAUGUACAGCAGCAUCUUCUUCCUCACCUGGAUGAGCUUCGACCGCUACGUGGCGCUGGCGGGCUCGGUGAGCAGCGGCCCGCCCCGCUCCAUGCAGCGGGCCAAGCUCAGCUGCGCCCUCAUCUGGGCGGCCUCCAUCCUGGCCACCCUGCUGCCCUUCAGCAUCGUGCAGACCCAGCACACCGGCGAGGUCCACUUCUGCUUCGCCAACGUCCCGGAGAUCCAGUGGCUGGAGGUGACCAUCGGCUUCGUGGUGCCCUUCUCGGUCAUCGGCCUGUGCUACUCGCUGAUCGUGCGCGUCCUCAUGCGGGCGCAGAAGCACCGGGGCCUGUGGCCGCGGCGGCAGAAGGCCCUGCGCAUGAUCGUGGUGGUGGUGCUGGUCUUCUUCAUCUGCUGGCUGCCCGAGAACGUCUUCAUCAGCAUCCAGCUGCUGCAGGGUGCCGGCGACCCCGCCGGCCAGAGCGCCAGCACGCUCUGGCACGACCACCCGCUCGCCGGCCACGUGGUCAACCUGGCCGCCUUCUCCAACAGCUGCCUCAACCCCAUCAUCUACAGCUUCCUGGGCGAGACCUUCCGGGACAAGCUGCGGCUCUUCCUGAAGAAGAAGGUGGGCUGGCCCGUCAUCUACCGCUUCUGCCACCACACGCUGGACCUGCGCAUCCCCGACCGCAGCGACGUGUCCGAAGUUUGAGGGGGCCCCUUUCGG